AUGUCCUUUACUAGAUACAGCAAGCCCGUCCCUGAAGGGCUUAUCGUGUGCGAGACACGCGAGCAAAUGAAUCAAGCGGUGCGCGACCACCCAGAAACGGUCCUUCACGAUGAAGACGGCGGUUACUAUCUCAAAGACAUGAACGGCAUCCCGGUGGCCGUGGCGGCUGAUUCCUUAUGUUCAGAGUUGGAUAACUCCUUCGCCGAAGCGGACGCCAUGAUUGCACAGAAUCAACUGAAGGGAGAAGAUCAAGUGGAGACUGAGGAUGACCUCGACACUACGGCCGGUGCGAAUGCUUGCGCCCAUCGCCGCUGCUUCAAUUCGGUGAUCUGUAUUACUUACAGAGACUGUCACAUAUGCUCUUCUCGUCAUAUAUGUAUCUAA